AUAAUUGUAAAAAAACAAGUACCAUGCAUUAAACAUGUUCUGGCUUAAGGUGGUAGUGAUGGGAGCUGCAUUUAGAAAUCACUCAAAAAUCUUGGCAGGUUCCUUCUGCGCAGUGAGAUUCUGUUGAACCUGUUAAGCUCAUUUUCCCUCCUGACAGUGCUGUGCAGCUCACUUGUCUUGAUUGGUUUCCAGGUGUUGCUGCAGGAAGUGCUGAAAAUGCACCUAAUGUGAUUUGUGAGAGCCGAGUGUCUUUCCACCUCAGUGAGCAUCAGAUGACUGCUCCUCCCUCCCUGGCAGCCUCUGUGUCACACACGCAGCUGAUUUCUAACUUCUCCUCUUGCAAAUGCAAAUCCAUGCAGAUAAAUCUUCCCCUUAAACUUUAUGAACAUGACUGUGUCCUGUUUUCUCUCUUUCCCUUCGGCAAGUCUCUGCGCCGCCGAGCAAAAUGCUGACUGCGUGCUGAGGGCUCGGGAAAUGAACGCCUCGUCCUGCUGCGCCGGCCCCGUCGCCAUGUAUCAGCAGGCCUCAGGACCUGACCUCAACGCCAGCUGCGACCUCUCGGCUCCCCGCUGCACCUGGACGGCCGUGGACGGGACCCCGCAGCUGCCCACGUUUUCCACGGCGGCGAAAGUCAGAGUGAUCGUCACCUUCAUCCUGUGUGGCGUGUCCACCCUCUGCAACGUGGCAGUGCUCUGGGCGGCCAUGGGCCACCGACGCAGGUCCCACGUGCGCGUGCUGAUCGUGAACUUGACCGCGGCUGAUCUCUUGGUCACCCUCAUCGUGAUGCCCGUGGACGCCGCGUGGAACAUCACCGUUCAGUGGCUGGCCGGAGACCUGGCCUGCAGGUGCUUGAUGUUCCUCAAGCUGCAGGCCAUGUACUCCUGCGCUUUUGUCACUGUGGUGAUAAGUCUGGACAGGCAGUCGGCGAUCCUCGACCCCCUGCAGACCAGCAUGGCUCCGAAGAGGAACCGGGUCAUGCUGACGGUGGCGUGGGUAAUGAGCGCUCUGCUCUCCGUCCCUCAGGUCUUCAUUUUCCACAACGUGACCAUCACCUACCCAGCAAACUUCACUCAGUGCACCACUAGGGGGAGCUUCGUCACUCACUGGCAGGAAACGGCCUACAACAUGUUCACCUUCUCCUGGCUCUUCCUGCUGCCUCUGGCCAUCAUGAUCAUCUGCUACAGCCGGAUCUUCAUCCACAUCUCCAAGCAGAUGACAAAGAAGAAUGUGUCCUCUGAUGAACCGCGUCUUCGCUGCUCAAAGAACAACAUCCCAAAAGCUCGGAUGAGAACUCUGAAGAUGAGCAUCGUCAUCGUGGUCUCCUUCAUCGUCUGCUGGACUCCGUACUACCUGCUGGGUCUCUGGUACUGGUUCUUCCCCGACGACCUGGAGGGGAAAGUCUCGCACUCCCUCACCCACAUCCUGUUUAUCUUCGGGCUUUUCAACACCUGCUUGGACCCCAUCAUCUACGGCCUCUUCACUGUGCGCUUCAACAGGAGGCCGAGGAGCUGCUACAGCAGGGCCACCGUGAUCUCCGGGCCGGACGCCAAGCCGGCGGCGGCAGAGCCCCUGAAAUGCGCUCUGGCUGGAGGAUCUGCGAAGGGCGGAAGGGACGGCAGCUGUGAACCAAAUGAGCAAAAGUCCACCGACAGCAGGCUCUGAAUGCAUGCAGCCACUGACGAUGGGGGGGCACAGAAAGCAAUAUGUGAAGAGAAACAAAAGCAAGAAAUGCAACUUUUAUUUGUCAUUGUUCCUGGACUCACACUAACACCCAUAUGCG